AUGGACUACCAGAACCGCGCAGGCUCCAAGUUCGGCGGCGGCGGCGUCGCCUCCCACAGCGCCACCAACGCCGACCGACGCGAGCGGCUCCGGAAGCUCGCCCUGGAGACCAUCGACCUCGACAAGGACCCGUACUUCUUCAAGAACCACGUCGGCAGCUUCGAAUGCCGGCUCUGCCUGACGGUGCAUCAGAACGACGGCAGCUACCUGGCGCACACGCAGGGCAAGAAGCACCAGACGAACCUCGCGCGGCGCGCGGCCAAGGAGCAGAAGGAGGGCAAGGCGCAGGUGGACCCGCAGACGGGGCUGCCGGUGGGCGUCGUGGGCGCGGGGUUCGGCGCGCUGGGGCUGGGCUCGGCGGGCGGCGGCCCGCGGCGCAACGUCGUCAAGAUCGGGCGGCCGGGCUACAAGAUCACAAAGGUGCGCGACCCGGUCACGCGGCAGCAGGGCCUGCUGUUCCAGCUGCAGUACCCGGACAUCGGCCAGGGCGUCACCCCCAAGUGGCAGAUCAUGAGCGCCUUUUCCCAGCGCGUCGAGGAGCCCGACAAGAACUUCCAGUACCUGUGCGUCGCCGCCGAGCCCUACGAGACCUGCGGCUUCAAGAUCCCCGCCCGCGAGCUCGACAAGCGCGACGACAAGCAGUUCGACUUCUGGGACCCCGACUCCAAGGAGUACUGGGUCCAGAUUAUGUUCAUGACGGAGCGUGAAGAGAGGUUUAAUGCCGCGCCAGGCCUCGGAGGGCGGCGGUAG